UCGUCGCAGGAAAUUGACGUCACUGGAUCAGAUUUUUGCCCAUGGUAGAGGCUGGUUAGAAGAUUCUGGAAGAGUAUCUGUGAACUGAGGUGUGCCCUGAAUUUGUGAGGAUUCAACAUAUUGUCUUCAUACAAGGUUGCCGUUAAAGACAAACAUGGUUAAAGAAACAGGCUUCUAUGACACAUUGGGUGUGAAACCUAAUGCUACUCCUGACGAACUGAAGAGGGCCUAUCGCAAACUAGCGUUAAAAUAUCACCCUGACAAAAAUCCUACAGAAGGAGAGAAGUUCAAGCAGAUCUCACAGGCAUAUGAGGUAUUGUCAGAUGCCAAGAAGAGAGAGCUAUAUGACCGUGGAGGUGAAAAGGCUAUAAAGGAAGGAGGAACUGGUGGUGGUGGUGGUGGGAGCUUUGCAUCGCCCAUGGACAUCUUUGACUUGUUUUUUGGUGGGGGCAGUCGGAUGCACAGAGAGCGAAAAGGGAAGAACAUUGUUCAUCAGAUUUCAGUGACUCUGGAAGAUCUUUAUAAUGGAGCUACAAGAAAACUUGCUCUCCAAAAGAAUACUAUUUGUGAGAGAUGUGAAGGUCGUGGGAGUCGGAAAGGAGCUGCACAGAUGUGCAUGACUUGCCAUGGUACAGGUAUGCAGGUCCGCAUGCACCAACUAAUACCAGGUAUGGUCCAGCAAGUGUCCACAGUGUGCCACACCUGUCAGGGCCAAGGACAGAGAAUCAGCCAUAAGGACCGCUGCAAAGCAUGUGGGGGUCGAAAGAUCCUGCGCCAAAAGAAGAUUUUGGAGGUCCACAUUGACAAAGGAAUGAGAGACGGCCAGAAGAUCGUUUUCCAUGGAGAAGGAGACCAGGAGCCAGGAAUUGAGCCAGGCGAUAUCAUCAUUGUCUUGGACCAGCGAGAACAUCCACAUUUCACCAGGAGAGGCGAGGAUCUUGUCAUGUCAAUGGAGUUACAGCUGGUUGAGGCUCUGUGUGGUUUCAAGAAGCCUGUUCAGACACUGGACAACAGAACUCUCCUCAUCACCUCACAUCCAGGGGAAUUGAUCAAGCCUGGAGACACGAAGUGCGUCUUGAAUGAAGGGAUGCCCAUGCAUCGCAGGCCAUUUGAGAAGGGACGCCUUAUUAUUCAUUUCUCGGUGGUGUUCCCACAAGCCAACUUCCUCCCCAAGGACAAGCUAAAGGAGCUGGAGCACUACCUCCCAGAAAAGCUGGAUGCAGAGCAGCCAGACAGUAUGGACGAUGACCUCUACAUCUACGCCGACCUGGAGGACUGUGACUUAGAGAACAGAAAAAGACACAACCAUCAGUACCACUACAUGGAAGAAGAAGACUAUGCCAGCACUGGAGGUGUUCAAUGUCAGACGUCUUAAAUAACAACUGGCCUGUUAUUAUUCCAGAAGCCCAUACCCUCAUCUCUAAAGCAAAGCACCUUUCUGGAAUUUUGUGCACUUUUUAUUUAAUUACAUCUCUUAAAAUAAGUGUUUACUUGUUGAAGUUUUCUUUCAAGCCAAAUCAUAAAACUGUGUCCCAACACCCUCCUGAUUUAUUAUGAUACUUUUUGGACAGAGUAGGAUAUCUUAAAGUUCCAGGACUAAACUUGGAUCUGGGUGAAUGGGAUUCCUCGUCAUCUCUGGGACUUUAUUUUAAUUAUUAAUUUCUUUUUCCAAUCACACUGUGAUUAGAGAUGAGGGCUGUUAUUACAGAGGCUUCAGAAGAAAGAAAAACUUCUUUGUCCAAACAAAGACUGCCUGCUUUUUAUGCAGUUACACUAAAACUGAUGCCAAUAUUAAUAUUAAAAUAACCUUUUUUUUAUAGUGUUACUAAAUCAGUUCUUGUGAACCACUUGUUGAUGAUUUGUUCAAUCCGUUGUGUGUAAAGACCCAGUCCUCAGAUGGUGGUGGAGAGGGAUGUGCAUCAGGACUUAAGUUAAAACAUUUAUGCUGUUUUACCCUUUCAAGGGCUAUUUUCUAGACAUUUCUAAACAAUCUUGAAAAUGUGACAAGAAGACGCAAGUUGGGAGUAAAGGUGAUAAUGAUUCCGCCAUGGCAGUAUGAAGGUUCAAGCAACUAAAUUGUUACUAGAUUACUCAAGCUAAUAUUUAAAUUAAGUUUAAUGUUUUUACUUUUGAGCUGCAAUCAGUCGUCUGUGGUGAUGCCCACACAUUUGUUUUUGUUUUGGAAACCUUUUGUGGAAAGUGUAACAUCUUGUGUGUGUGUGUGUGUGUGUGUAUACAACACAUUUUGAAAUGAGCCAAAUAUGUCUGCAGCUAAUGGCAGGGUAGGUAUUCAGAAACAAAAGGUCACAGAUGAGUAAGUAGUCACUUUAUUUAAAAAAAAUAAUAAUAACAGCAGGGAGGGUUUACAAGAACUUAAUUCAAACCCAGAAUGGGUAUUUUAACAAAUCUAUGUUCAAGAUUUUAUGUGGUUUGGGGUUUUACUUAGCAAAAGCUAUCCAGAUAACUCUCUAAACCUAAACUUUUUUUGUAUUUCUAGUCCUAAUUGUAAAUGCCAAAUGGGUCAGUGGGAGGUUAUGGAGGGACUUAAAACCUGAUACCUCAUUGAAGUGUCUGCCUGUUUUGAAAGCCUUAUCAUAACUUAACUUGAAGCUACUUGAUAAUGGAGCAGGAGGGGUUCAGUGAUGAUUUUGCCUUGGAUAUUGUAAAACACAACUAUGCUCACCAGAAGGGAGAUUAUUUCAAAUUGUUUCACAUUUGUUCUUGAAGCAGAUGCAAAUUUAUGAGUACUCACAAUGUCAGGGGAACUCAACAAAAAGUUCAACUUAAAUAAGUGUUGUUAAUUUGACUGUGUGUUAGGACCAAUUAUCUACUUGUUUAUGCUCAUGUUUUAUAAUUAAAUGCAGUGUGAUGGUCUCUCUAAA